AUGGGUCGGAUAAAGAAGAAGGGCCAGGCCGGUGCGGCCAAAAACUACCUCACGCGAAACCAGGCCAUUCGAAAACUUCAAAUCAGCUUGCCUGACUUCCGUCAGCUCUGUAUUUGGAAGGGCAUCUACCCUCGCGAACCGCGGAGCAAAAAGAAGGUUUCCAAAUCCUCGACUGCCUCGACCACCUUUUACUACGCCAAGGAUAUUCAGUAUCUCCUCCACGAACCACUUCUUCAAAAGUUCCGGGACCAAAAGGUUUUAGAAAAGAAAAUUUCCAAGGCAUUGGGUCGUGGUGACGUCGGCGAUGCCAAGCGACUUGAAGGAAACGCUUCGCGACCAGAGAAGACCGGCAAGCCUCGAUACACUCUUGACCAUGUCGUUCGCGAGCGCUACCCGACCUUUGUUGAUGCACUGAGGGAUUUGGACGAUUGUCUUUCCAUGCUGUUUCUCUUUGCCAACCUACCGUCCACCUCUAGCGUUCCAGCCAAGAUGAUUGCUCGCUGCGAGAGACUUUGCCUCGAGUUCCAGCACUACCUUAUUGUUUCCCGAAGCUUGACCAAGUCCUUCCUUUCUAUCAAGGGUAUCUACUACCAGGCCAACAUCCAAGGUGAGGAUAUCCUCUGGCUGGUGCCUUACAAGUUCAACCAGAGAAUUGUUGGCGACGUUGACUUCAGAAUCAUGGGCACUUUUGUCGAGUUUUACAUGACCCUCUUGGGUUUCGUCAAUUUCCGUUUAUACACCUCCAUCGGUAUCAAGUACCCGCCCAAGUUUGACGCUGUCAAGGAUGAGAAUGCCGCCGAACUUGGCGCUUUCACUCUCGAAGGCAAAGCACUGGUCGGCGCUGAGGAACCAAAGAAGUUGGAAGAUGCUUCACAUAAGCCUGACCCCAAGACUCAGGCUGCGGUCAACAAGGUUCUGAAGACUCUCCAUAAUGGUGACGCAACAGAUGCCACGGAAGAGACCGAGAAUGGGACCACUGAGACUGAGGAAGCAAACGCGAGCGCCAUUGACAAGUUUGAACCCGCGGCUCCUGGUGGCGAUGUGCUGAUGCAGCCGUCUACUAAUGGAAACAAUCACGGGACCUUGUUCUCCAAUUUCACUUUCUACCUAUCUCGUGAGACUCCUCGACAGCCUCUUGAGUUUAUCUUGAAAGCAUUCGGCUGCAAACGUGUUGGAUGGGACCCUGUCCUGGGUGGUGGAGCCUUCACAACAGAUGAGUUGGAUCCCAAUAUCACGCAUCAGAUCGUCGACAGGCCGCCUAUCCAAGCAGCAAUGGAAGAAGAUGGCGACGCUGAAGAUAACCAAACGUCACAAAAGCUGGCUGUCAAUCGUCGGGUCCCAGGGCGGACAUACGUUCAGCCCCAGUGGGUGUGGGAUUGCAUCAACGACGUGGAACUCAAGGAGCCUCACCUGUACGGUCCCGGAGCAUCCCUGCCGCCUCAUCUUAGUCCCUUCGUAAAGAGCGUCCAAGGUUCAUACGAUCCUACAGUACCUUUAGAGGAGCAGGAGCCUGAAGAAGAGGCUCUGGAGGCUGAUGAGGACGGCGACGAAACUGUAGAGGGCAUGGACGUUGCCGAAGACGAGGAUGAGGAUGAGGGCGAAGAAGGCGAAGAUGAGGACGAGGAAGAUGCUGAGAAAAUGGAAGAAGAUGUCCAGGAAGAGGACGGAGAAGAGGGCGAAGAAGAGGACGAGGCUGCUCUCCGACAGCAAGAACUCGAGGCGGAGCUGACGGGCACCUCUGUCAAGGCCAAGACUACCAACAGUAAGGCCAAGGCCAAGGAACAAGCGCGAAAGGCUUUACGCAAGAAGGCCAAGGAAGAAGCCGAGGACCUUGAGCGUGCCAAGGGUAUGCUGAGCAAGAAGAAGAGGAAGCUCUACGAGCAGAUGAUCUACACAAAUAACAAGAAGAGCGCAGAAGACCAAAAGCUAAGAGCGAAGAGAAGAAAGCUGGAAAAGGGAAAGGCCAAGGGCAAGGCGUAA